AUGAUUUUUGGUCGUGGUGUUGCUAACGUUGGGCUCGACUGCAGCGCGGCGCUUUGCCAGGUGUUUGACAGCAUCUUCAUGGAUGUCCCCAUGUCCAGAGUCAAGUUCAACGUCAACAGCGAGUAUGCCUACAUACAGAAUUUUAAGGUGUUGCAGAACACUUUUGCCAGGCACCAGAUCGACAAGCCUAUCCCCGUCGAAGCGCUCGUCAAGUGUAAGAUGCAGGAUAACCUCGAGUUCCUUCAAUGGACCAAGAGGUUUUGGGACCUGAACUUCCCGGACCACGACUACGACGCCGUUGCCCGCCGCAAGGGCGGUGCUCUUCCCUCCUCCGGCGGUGGUGCCCGAGCUGCUCCCGCUGCCACCGCUGCCAGACGAGGUGGCACGACCCCCUCGGGUGGUCCCCGUGUGGCCAAGGCUGCCGGCCCCGGCACGGCCGCCCUCCAGCAGGAGAACGCCACCCUCAAGGAGACUGUCGUUGGCCUGGAGCGUGAGCGUGACUUCUACUUCAGCAAGCUCCGCGACAUUGAGCUCCUGGUGCAGCAGGCCGUGGAGGAGGACCCCGAGCUCGAGAAGCAGGAGGACGGUCUCGUCAAGCAGAUCCAGACAAUCCUGUACUCGACAGAGGAGGGCUUUGAGAUCCCUGCCGAGGGCGAGGCCGUCGACGACCAGGAGACAUUCUAA